GGAGAGGGGAGGGAGCAGGUCCAAGCCCAGCUUGCGCGCCCAGUCAGCUCUCAGCAGUGCCUGUGCCAAGAGCCAGCUUUCUUAAAGCCAUGGGCCCAGGGGCCGGCUUUGCAGGCGGAGGGGAGCCCUCGAGCAGGGGCUGGGAAGCACAGAGGGGAGCCCUCAGCCUCCGGGGUCACCAUGGACAUAAUUUACCUGCGCACACCUCUGGCCUUCCUUCUUCUCCCUCUUGUUGUGCUUGGGGCACCCACUGAUGAACCCAACCUCACAGAACCAGCACCUGGUGCUUGCAAGCGCUGUUGUGACCCACUGGACUCUUCUACAGAUGCCCCACCGCUCCCCCCCAGCCACCACCACUUGCCCUACCCAAUGCCGGAGGUCCGUCCCUAUAUCAACAUCACCAUACUGAAGGGAGAGAAAGGAGACCGGGGAGAGCCUGGGAUGCCAGGGAAAUGGGGCAAAGAAGGACCACGAGGCGAGCGGGGUGCCCAGGGCCAGAAAGGCAGUAAAGGACAGAUGGGCACAGCGGGAGAUCCUUGCAAGCAUCAGUAUGCUGCAUUCUCUGUCGGUCGCAAGAAAGCGCUGCACAGCAGCGAGGGCUUCCAGGUCUUGAUCUUCGACACUGUCUUCGUCAACCUCUACAGCCACUUCGACAUGUUCAAUGGCAAAUUCUACUGCUAUGUGGGUGGACUUUACUAUUUCAGCCUCAAUGUCCACACCUGGAACUUCAAGGAGACCUACAUGCACAUCAUGCACAACGAAGAAGAGGCAGUCAUCUUGUAUGCCCAACCCAGCGACCGCAGCAUCAUGCAGAGCCAGAGCCUCAUGCUGGAGCUUCAGGAAAAUGAUGAGAUUUGGGUGAGGCUCUACAAGCGGGAGCGGGAGAAUGCCAUUUACAGUGAUGAUGUUGAUGUGUACAUCACCUUCAACGGGUACCUGGUCAAGCCCAGCCUUGACUAA